ACUGCUUGUCAGGUCAGAUAGGGAACAAUGAAAGAACAGUAGGCCAAGAGGCAGGGUGCCAGCCAGGAUGGCACAGGCGUGUGGGUAGGAAGCAUAUCUGCUCAUAAAGUGUGCUAAUGAGAUAGCCACCAGCAGUUGAGAUGUGCAUAUACAUUCCUAGAAGGAAGACAAAGGUGGGGGAGCUUUGAGUCUGGUGGGCCCUGAGGAAGCAGUGGGUAGCCUGGCGUGGUCCUGAAGGAAGGCUACGGCAGCCAUUUAGAUCUGACUGACAGACUCUAGUCUGCACACAACCAAGAGUACCACAGAUAACUAACUGCCCUAAUGGGAAACUUGACACACGUGCCUGUGGAUCUCCCCGGGUUUGACUGUCUCACUGUAAAAUGCUUAGGGCGGCAGAAACUUGUGAAAGGCAUUGGAGGAUGACCAGUGGGGACAUCAGUUCCUUUCUUAAGGAAUUGAUACGGCUUGAGUAUAAUAUGGCCUUCACAUGGGAUAUUUGUCUCCAACUAUUGGGGUGGCUGUGGGUUUUAAGAGGAAGGACCUGGUUAGAGGAAAUAAGUUCUUGGGAAUGUGCUGUGCUGUUUCCUGCUCAUGAGAUGAGAGCACCUGCCUCAGGCCCCUGCCAAGUGUGCGUGGCUGAGUGACUGCACUGAGACCUCUGAAGUGGUGAAUGGACAUGAAGUUGGGUCUGCCAAGUACUAUAUAUGGUUAUUUUUCUGGGGAGGUGGGAAAUAGAGCUGGGGACUGACAGACCAAAUGUCCAAGCUCUGCUUGGUGAACAGAUUCAUUGGGAAGCGCUCCCCAAGAGAUUCUGUGCAGUUGUAGAGGAUGUACUGACACUCCUAUUUUGGGGGCAUCAGCAAUUUGUCCCCAUCUCUCAGCUAUCAAUGUAUUUUUUGUGGAUGAUCAUGGUUUUGCCUUCAAAAUGGGUGGGAAACAACCACUGUAUUCACAGCCUUGAAAAGACUGUAGAAAUAUGAAACUCCUGUAGGUUUCCUGGAAUCUCCUCUUCUGGAGGCGUGGUGAGAUUUCAGCAGCCACACCGCCCUGGUGGAGUGCCUCCCACCACACGCCAGGCAGGGUGGCCACUAGGAGACGGACCAGGAUAGGAAUACAAAAUCAAGGAUUUAGACCACAGUAUUCAGCAGCCACUUGGAAUUUCAUAGGCUUGUUGGGAAAAGGACUUGUGAGGUAACAAGAAGAGUAGGUAGAAGAUGCAGGGCCACUGAAGCAAAAGCAGAAAGUAAAGAAUUAGUUGUUUCAGUUUCUAUGGCAGUCUCUGUAGCCCUUGCUGUCCUGGAACUCACUAGAUAGACCAAUUAGACCAGGCUAGCCUCACAGAAAUCUACCUGCCUUCUUCUACCUCUUGAGUGCUGGGAUUAAAAUCAUGUGAGCACACUCAACUCUGAGGUUCAUGGUUUAGUAGGUGAGCUGGGCGUGAUGGCAGAGGCAGGCAGAUCACAUGACAGCCCAGUCUACUGAGUUCCAGAACAGCCACAUCUACACAGAAAAUUACCCAUAUUUGGUGUGUGUAUGGGGGGAGGGGAGUAUUUUAGUAGAUGGAUUUAGGAAUUAGUUUAGAUACCAAAACACCCAAAUUUCUUGUCAUGAAUCCCGGAAAGAUGGAAUUGGAUAAAUUUAAUGAAAACUCCUUUUGGCUUAGGAAUUGACUUAAGUGAAUGAACGAAGGAUUCAAGAAAAUCAAUUCAAAACUGGCAUAUGCCUUUAGCACUUGGGAGGCAAGAGCAGGCAGAUCACUGAGUUUGAGGCCAGCCUGGUCUACAGAGUGAGCUUCAGGACAGGCUCCAAAGCUACAUAGAGAAAUCCUGUUUGGGGGAGAAAAAAAAGACAAAUCAGUACAAAUGGAAGUAGAUGGCAGUUCCUAGAGAAGUUGACCCAGGCUGGCAAGAUGACUGAAAUUUCCAACUUGGGGAAUUAUAAAAAGAAAAGGGGCUAGAGCAAUGGCUCAGAGGGCUCAUAACCAUCUAUAAUGAGAUCUGGUACCCUCUUCAGGGGUGAAGGCUUACAUGCAGGCAGGACACUAUAUAAUUUUUUUUUUUAAAGCCAGUUCUGGUAUGAGAAGAUCAUGAAUUUAAAGUCAACUGGGACAAGCAAGUCACUGCCUUAAAAAAAAAAGUAACUACAAUUUCUGUUGUGUUUGAGGCUUGGAAAGAGCUGAGGAUGUAGGGUAAAGAAUGGAAGUUUGUAAAAGGUACCAACAAGCAAGGACCUCUUGAAAUAGCAUCUCACAGCACAGCUUGAGCCCCACACUAAGGAUGUCACAGGCAAACAUGGAUUAAACCAAAAGCUGUGACCACCUAGGCAUUCAUAAGAGGGCACUGACCUCCAUGUGUGCUGUGCUGGGCCAUAUACACAAAGUCAUAAAGUAAAUUUUAAUUUGUUUUUGGAGACAGAGUUUCUCUGUAGCUUUGGAGCCUCAUCUGGAAUUUACUCUGUAGAACUUUACUCUGUAGAACUUACGAUCAGCGAUCACUUCCUUAGCCAAGGGGUGGCUGUUCAGUUUUUUGCUAGUCCCUGCUACUCAGAGUGGCUCAAAAGGUUAAGGACAAUACUCUGUCCCUCAGCUAAAGACAGGAAGGCAGAAGCUAAGCUCCGUAAAAGCUUCUGAAGCAGGUACCUGGUUGUUUGGUUCAGGUUGCUGCUUUUGAAGCCAGGCAUGGUAGCUGAAACCUUAAAUCUUGGGAGGCUGAGGUAGGAGGCCAAGGCCAUCUUUGGCUCUCUGAUGAGAUGGGUAGUUAGGGAAGGCUCAGUGACGUCAUUGACAUUGCUACUAUUGUGAGUGCUGUGGUGGAGAGACUGCCCUUAAACACACCCUUUUCUGACCACAUCCCCACCCCACUAAGCCAGAAUCACAGCCAACAGCCAUCAGCAAGCCACAUUGCAUAUCAAUGACCACCCCUCUUUAAAACAGCCACUCUUCUCCUGCCUCCCCGCCUAGCUUUCCUCCUACUCCCCCAUUCUUUCCUUGUUCCUGCACUCCUCUCCCCUUGUCUUAACACGAGAGACAGCCAGCAGCACCUUCUGGCCUCCAGUUCCCAGGCCCCUUUCAGACAUCACAGGCCCAAUAAAACAUCUGUAGUCUAAGCUGGCCAACUGAUGGUCUUCCUGCCUCCACAGGCUGGGAUUCCAGAAGUGCACCAUCACACUGGGGUGUGCAAUACUGGAUCCCGAACCCAGGGCCUCAGGGCCUUCUGCUUGCUAGGCAAGUACUGUCAGCUGAGCUACGUUCCCAGCCACAGCACAGUCUUCUCAAGUUGAAAAGAUCUGCAUGCACUCCACACAGCCACCAUUGAACAAAUGGUAGCCUGCACACAUUAAUACUCCCAUGCACCUCUCGACCCAAACAGGCAUGUUUCACAUUAGUCUACCGGUCUCCUGGCCUCAGCUUAUUGCGACAGCAUCCUCCCUCCUGCCACUUCUGCAAUCCAGACUUCUUGGGUGCCCCCAGAGAUCUUCAGCUACACACUUGACGAUCCUAUGUCACUUUUGGGGAUUUAUAUGAAAAUACAAAUCCAACAUGUAAAUGACAAUACAAGUCCUCUCGUGCCAUCAUCGUGAUUUCCCAGCCUCUUGGGCGCUCUGGGUGACCUAGGCCUUAUGGCUCCUUGACUUUCUCUUCCAAAAAUCUCUGUGAACUGUGAAGGUUCCUGGUCAGGUCUGUUUCUGUGUCUCUGUCAGUCUCUCUCUGUAUAGACAGGGUCUUGUGUAUUCCUGGCAGCUCUGAAACUCGUUAUAUAGAUGAGGCCUGCCUUUAAAGCCUCUGCCUCCAGAGUGCUGAGAUUAAAGGUGUGUGCCUCCAAGCUCCGCGCUGUGUGUGUAACCGAAGGUGACCUUGCAUAGAGUUCUGAUCUUCCUGCCUCCACUUCUGAGUAUUGGGACUACAGGCGUGCACUACCACCCGUGACUUAUGCGCUCCUGGGUAUGCGACCCAGAGUCUUGAGCAUGCUAGGCUAGCACUCUACUGACUGAGUUACAUCUUCAACUUCAGAUUUCAUUGUUCUGGUUUCUGGAUACGGGCUCUUGGUAUGUAUCCCAGGCUUUCUAGUCACAGCGAUCCUCUUUUCCCAGGCUCCUGGAAAGCUGCAGGCCCUGUAGCGGGUCCUGCAGAGCCCUGGAAUCCUGAGAAGCCACGCCCCCUAGACUUGUCAGUGUGGAAAUGAGGGGGAACUACCGAAAGGGCACAGAUAUGCCCUAAGGAGCAAAGCAGCACACCAACAUUGUAACAGGAAGAUAACAACCAGAAUAAACCCAUGCAAUCAUCUGGUAGUGAUGUGGCACAGGGAGCUAGGCACGCGGAGGACGAAGGUCUCGCAAGUCCCCCAAGUGGGAGGGGCCCCUGCGUGGCACCGCCUCAACGUCAGUGGUGAGGGCAGAGGCUCGAACUGCUGGUAGCCAUGUGGGCGGGGCCUCGCGGUGCGCCUCCUUGCCGGCACCUGGUGGGCGGGGCCUCGUGCGGCACCUCCUCCUCGCUGUCGCCCGGGCGGGUGGCUUGCGUUGGCCGCGAUAUGGCUGCACUGGUGGAGCCGCUGGGACUGGAGCGGGACGUGUCCCGGGCCGUGGAGCUGCUGGAGCGGCUGCAACGCAGCGGAGAGCUGCCCCCGCAGAAGCUGCAGGCCCUGCAGCGGGUCCUACAGAGCCGUUUCUGUUCUGCCAUCCGUGAGGUGUACGAGCAGCUCUAUGACACGCUGGAUAUCACUGGCAGCGCUGAGGUGCGGGCUCACGCCACAGCCAAGGCCACAGUGGCUGCCUUCACAGCCAGUGAGGGCCAUGCACAUCCCAGGGUUGUGGAACUACCGAAGACUGAUGAGGGUUUGGGCUUCAACAUCAUGGGUGGCAAAGAGCAGAACUCACCCAUCUACAUCUCUCGAGUCAUCCCCGGAGGCGUGGCUGAUCGCCAUGGUGGCCUCAAGAGGGGAGACCAGCUGCUGUCCGUGAAUGGCGUGAGUGUGGAGGGCGAACACCAUGAAAAAGCCGUGGAACUCCUGAAGGCCGCCCAGGGCUCAGUGAAACUGGUGGUGCGGUACACACCACGGGUGCUGGAGGAGAUGGAGGCCCGCUUUGAGAAGAUGCGAUCUGCCCGGAGGCGCCAGCAGCACCACAGCUACACGUCUUUGGAGUCCCGAGGCUGAAAUCAGAGAGCAGGACCCUCCACCUCCCCUGUACAGUAUUAUUUAUUGUCACUGGCACCUUAUUUAAAGAUCUUUAACCCUCACCAAGUGUCUUGUGUGUCUGUCGAGCAUCCUGGAAUAGUGUCUGUGGAGGAGGAAGGUGAAGCUGAGGUUAAAACCAAACUCUUUGCAGUAUGGGUAGCGAGAUCGAUUCUGCUCGAGCAGCACUGAAGACUGGGGUUGGCCGGCUUCCCAGAGACUAAUCGGGCCCAAGGCUGCGUCUAAAUGAAUGCCAGGGCGCACUACUGAAGACCACUGUCC